AUGGUAACUCCAGCUGGGACUCAGGAAUCCAAGCUGGAGCAAGCAAGGUUUGGUGUACCCAGUAAAGGAGCUGGAUUGAGCGAUGUCAACAGUGUUUCCAGAAAAAGUCCAAUGCCACUUGUGGAGCUGGACUUGCCCUGUGAUAAAAAUGCUGCAGAUAGCACUGUCCACUGCUCUCUCUCUCUACCUAAAGCCCAGGAAAAAAGGGAGUUAAGGAAGCCUCUCAUUGAGAGGAAGCGAAGGGAAAGGAUCAAUAACUGCCUGGACCAGCUGAAGGAGACAGUUGUGGGCGCCUUCCACUUGGAUUCUAAACUGGAAAAAGCAGACAUCCUGGAAAUGACAGUGAAGCACCUCCAGAACAUCCAGAGCAGCAAGCUGAUGGCUGACUCCAAAGUGGGCCUGGAAGCCCAGCAGAGGUACAGCACCGGGUACAUUCAGUGCAUGCACGAGGUGCACAACCUCCUCCUCACCUGCGAGUGGAUGGACAAGACCCUCGGGGCACGUCUGCUCAACCACCUGCUGAAAUCCUUACCCAGGUCUGGUGAAGACACCAGCAAAGUGGCAUCAAGGUCUUCGAGCCCAUCUCAGCAGCCUCUCUUGACCCCCAAAAGGCCCGUGAGCCCUAAGGGGAGCACUCGGAGCACAAACCCUUCCCAGGAGCGCUCCUACCCCACGGAGAACAAGCAGGCUUCAAAAAAUUCCUUCCAGCUGCCGCCGCUCUCUGUUCUCAGCCAGGUUGAUGCUGCGCCUCCCAGACAGGUCCUGCAGCCAAAUUUUUCCCAUAACAACGCUAGAAUGGGCUCAUUAGAUAUGUGGAGACCGUGGUAA